AUGGAUCAAAUUUUGGAUCGCCAUAGGCCUCCCAAUAAUUUUCCUACUCUUGAUCCUCCAAAAGUCAACCCGGAAGUUGCUCACAUUCUUUCUCAAGCAUAUGUUAAGAGGGACCAAUGCCAUGCAAGAUAUCAGCUAUUGGUGGGAAAAAGUACAAGUGCGCUUGGCAAAUGCAUGAAUUAUGUCAUCAAUGAAAUCAAGAAUAAUGUUGAUUCUGAUUUAAAAAUGCACUUGCUACCACAUCUAGCAGAUGUGGGCACAUUCAUGACCCAGCUAUUCCAUGAGAUCUCGACGACCCGUAGGGAAUAUAUUUCACAACUUCUCUCCAAAUCGGUGAAAGAUACCAUCAAAGAGACUAUUCCGGGGGAAUAUCUAUACGGCACCGAUUUGGCAGAAAAGAUUAAAAUGGCAAAAAUUGCAGAAAAAGCUGGGAACGACUUAAGACAAGACGGUUAUAGCAACAAGGCAGGGCCAUCCGGCAUCAGAAGAGGGGGGGGCACACCUCUCAGCGCCAGCAUGGCAACGCCCGCCUCGCCAGUCAGGGAGGGACUCGGGGCCGAGGAAAGGGCAAACCUCCAAGCAAAGUCGCCCCCCAGGGAGCAGAUACCAAUAAAGUUCAACCCACCCUCUGGCCAACAGAUUAACAUUAGUGGCCGCGAAAUUAUCCGGCAGGGGUUUCAACUGAGAGGAAUAUCGGAUGAGGCGGUAGAGACCAUAAUCGAUUCAAUAUCGACAGCUACGAUCAGCCAGUAUGCGUGUACUUACCGUCUAUGGUAUAAGUACUGUGAAGAGAAGCAGAUACCAGUAUUUCAGGCAAACGUCCUGCAGGUAAUAGAAUUCCUUCAGAACAUUAUCAAUACAACUGAACUAAAUUAUGGAAGUUUAAACAGCCACAGAUCUGCGAUCUCCCUUAUAUCCUCCGAUAGCCUAGGUUCACACCCCCUGAUAAAACGGUUCAUGAAAGGGGUAGCCAGAAGACGACCAAUGAACCCCAGGUAUAGGUUCACGUGGAAUCCUCAACCAGUUCUUACAGCAUUAGGAAAUCUCCCUAACAACCAACUUAAAAGCCUCACCCACAAACUGGUGACCCUACUUUCACUGGUAACAGGUGGCCGCCUUCAAACGAUCUCUUUAAUCCGGGUAUCAAACAUUCACAGAGACGAAUCCAGAUUACAAAUAAUGAUUACGGACCCAGUAAAGACGUCACUUAGCCUCAAUGAUCAGCCUUUUCUGAGUCUCCCGUUCUUCACACCAAAUCCCAGCAUAUGCCCAGCCUCAACAGUGCUGCAGUACUUAGAGUCAACGAAAGAAAUCCGAAAUAAUGAAGAUUUGUUAUUUUUAACUUAUGUAAAACCCCAUAAAAAAGCAACAAAGCAAACCCUUGCCCGUUGGGUAAAACAGACACUUAUGUCAUCGGGAGUAAAUACGACUGUAUUUAAACCUCAUUCAACUAGGCACGCAGCAACGUCAGCAGUCCGUAGGGCAGGGCUGUCGGUAGACACUAUUUGUAAAACUGCAGGCUGGUCUCAGAAGACGGCAACCUUUGCAAGGUUCUACGACCGACCACUACAAGCGGAUGAUGACUUUGCAAACACGAUACUCUCAACGAGUAUAAAUUAG